GAUUGAAACAGCAAUAAUAUCUCUCACCCGGCCAUAUAUAUCUUUACUUGGGCAGUGUUAGAACUCAGAAGGCAAGAAACAAAGAGAGAGAAAAGUAUGGCAGGAGAGCAAGGAGUGAAGCUACUGGGAGCCUGGUUCAGCCCUUUUGCUCAAAGGGUUGAGUUGGCACUGAAGCUGAAAGGAGUAAAAUAUGUAGCUGUGGAAGAAGAUAUUUUCAACAAGAGCCCUCUCCUUCUCAAGUCAAAUCCAGUCCACAAGAAAAUCCCAGUCCUCCUCCAUAAUGAAAAAUCCAUCUGUGAAUCACUUGUUAUUGUUGAGUACAUUGAUGAAACCUGGAAACUCAACCCCAUUUUGCCUCAGGAUCCCAGUGACAAAGCUGUAGCAAGAUUCUGGGCUAAGUUUAUAGAUGAGAAGUUGAUAGAAGUGAUAAGAAAAAUCCUAUUUUCGGAAGGCGAGCAACAAGAGGAGGCAGUGAAGCAAGCAAAAGAAGCCCUAGAAGUGCUUGAAGAAGAGGUCAAAGGGAAGAAAUUAUUUGGAGGAGACACAAUUGGGUUAAUUGACAUAACUUUGGGAUGGAUUAGCCCAUGGUUGGGGGUCAUUGAAGAAGCUUCAAAUGUUCAAAUAUUUUAUUCUGAAAAAUUCCCUUGUCUUGCCAAAUGGGUGCUCAAUUAUCUUGAGUACCCUUUUGUCAAAGAGACUAUGCCACCAAGAGAUCAAUUGGUUGACUUCUUCAAGAAUUUUAGGCAAACUAUACUAGCUUCACAAGCUAGUAAAUGAGUUCUAUUUUAGAUUUUAAUCAUAAGCUAUGUUAAUAAUGUUAUAUUUUUGGGGUUUUGAAAUAAAGUUUGUAUUUUAUAUCGUAAAUGUGAUACCGAUAAAUAAAUUGUUACAUCAGUUGGGAUAUUAA